CAAAAGAAAAGUCCAUGCUGCUGGAGCCGGUCAAAGGUUAUUAAACCUCAGCUCCCAUCGAGUCCAGCAAUUCACGAUGCAAUGGGGGGAGAGAGUGGAGAAGCCUUGACAUCCUGGCUCCUCCCGUCGCCGACGGCCGUCGUGAAAUUGACGCAUCGGUCCCACCGUUGCCUUCGACCCAGCGUCAGAAUGACGGAAUCCAUGCCCCCUAUCCUCUUCAAAUCCCUCCUCUCUUCUCCUCCUCUUAUUCCUCGCUCUCGCCUUCGUAAGCUUCUUUCAUGGCUUCUUCUUCACCGUCUCUCCGCCCUCUUCUUCUCUUCGCGGCCGUUGCACUGGCGGUUUCCGGCACCGCCGGCGGUGCCACCCUGGGGCUGGACUUCCACCACCGCUUCUCCGACCGCGUGCGCCAGUGGGCGGAGGCCCACGGCGGGCUCCCCGGUGGCUGGUGGCCCAAGAAGGGCUCCGUCGAGUACUACGCCGCCCUCGCCCGCCACGACCGCGCCCUCCGCGGCCGCGCCCUCGCCGACGGCGGCGACCCCGACAAAGAUCUUGUCUUCGCCGAUGGCAACGUCACCUUCCGACACAGCUCCUUGGGAUUCUUGCAUUACGCGAUUGUGGCGUUGGGGACGCCGAACGUGACAUUCCUGGUGGCUCUGGACACAGGGAGCGAUCUAUUUUGGGUGCCCUGUAAUUGCAUUAGCUGCGCUCCCACCUCUUCACGAUACUACGGAUUACGAACUAAUUUCGAGUUUAACAUCUACAGUCCAACUAAGUCAUCAACGAGCCGAAAGGUUCCCUGCAACAGCAGUUUUUGUGAGCUGAAAAGCUCAUGUUCUGCGGCAACUGGCAGUUGCCCUUAUGUAGUUCAGUAUGUAUCUUACAACACUUCAUCCACUGGGGUCUUAGUUGAGGAUAUUUUGUACUUUAAAACAGAGGAGACUAUUCCGAAAGUUGUUAAAGCACCGAUUGUUUUUGGCUGUGGACAGAUUCAGACUGGUGCAUUUCUGGAUGGUGCAGCUCCUAACGGUCUGUUUGGGCUUGGUUUGGACAAUGUAUCUGUUCCUAGUGUUUUAGCAAGUAAAGGAUACACUUCAGAUUCCUUCUCCAUGUGCUUUGGAAGUGAUGGUAUUGGGAGGAUCUAUUUUGGAGAUAAAGGUAGCUCAGACCAGGAAGAAACUCCAUUCGAUGUUAAUCACGGGCAUCCAACAUACAAUAUCAGCUUUACUGGACUGGAAGUAAGGAAUAGUUCAGUAGAUGUGAAGUUUAGUGCUAUUGUUGACUCUGGUACCUCCUUCACAUAUUUGGCUGAUCCAGAGUACACGAAGCUCACUGAAAGUUUUGAUACACAGGUACAAGAGAAUAGGCUCAAAUCUGAUCCGGAUAUCCCAUUUGAGUAUUGCUAUGAAUUGAGUCCCAAUCAAGGUUCAAUUAUUCCACCUAAAAUAAUUCUAACAACAAAAGGUGGAAGCCAGUUUCCCAUAAAUGAUCCAAUAGUUGUCCUGUCCAAUCAGCAAAGGCUAUUUGCAUAUUGCUUGGCUAUCAUUAAGUCUCACAGACUGAACAUUAUUGGGCAAAAUUUCAUGACUGGACUCCGCAUUGUGUUUGACCGUGAGAGACUGAUCUUAGGUUGGAAGGAGUUUGAUUGUUAUGAUGCUGAAGGUUCCAGCACUCUCCCUGUUAACCGAAACCAAUCUGCAAUUCCUCCCUCGCCCGCUUCUGGACCAAGCAGUUACACCCCGGAUACCACAAAGGAGAGGGGCAACAAUACUCAGGCCACAGUAUUGCCACCCCCCAGCAGCCAUUCUUCACAUUUGAACUCCAUGGAGAGUAUCUUCUGGACAUUGAUUGUAUUCUCUCUGGCCAUUCUCUGAUCUUUUUCAACCCACGCUGGUUUCAGUUCCAAAACAAGCUUUAUCAGUCAUACACUAUAGCAUAAACAUGUCCGGUUUUCAAUUAGGCUCAAUCCACACCAUUUUAUAGUCGAAGCUAUUUGUCAUUUCAUGUAACUGUUUUUUUUUGUUUCAUUUUCUUUUUUAUUUUUUUGUACAUCUUAUUUCACACACUGGAUUUAAAUAUUGCAUUAGUUUAUGGGGAAAAAGAAUAGAAAAUCUUUGUAUAUGAUAAGUUCAUAAACCGAUAAAAUAUUCAUAACAGAGUUGCAUCUUUUUUGAACUUUCAUGGUUCCAGGAUUUCUUACUCUUCAAAAUGCCGUUGGUAACUUGUUUACUACAAUAUAUGAAUUCUCCAUCUCACUCAAGGGUUCUUUUUUUUUCCGUUAAUUCCCGGUUACCCAUGGUGUGCUGUACUAGAGUGUACCAAUCCAUACUGGGUGUAUUAGCUCAUAUCGGUGAUGAAUUGAUAUUUAGUAUAUCAUUUUGCACCUUGUGUCGAUAGUAAGAAUCAAAUCAUAGCAACAUAGUGCCAGUUGGGUACUGGUAAAUGUAUUUAAACCAAUUUAAUUCACACUAUGCUGUUGGCUCAUGUAAUUCAAUUGCACAUUAGAAAAGGUUUUAGCUUAAUAUUGUGACAACUACUUUUAGGGCAUGUUUGGUUGGGAGAAUUGGACUUUGGAACAGGAAUGUGAACGAGUGACACCCAUUUGAAUCA